AUGGCAAUCCAUACCAUCUUCCUCCUUUUCUCUCUCUGCAUUUUAUCAACCUCAGCUUAUGUUUUUAAGAGCAUCGACUGCGGAUCGUCGAAAACAACGUACAAAGACGAAAAUCAGAUCGUGUGGACAGGAGACGAAGCCGACAUGCAAAACGGGGAAUCGAAGGUUGUCGAAGCGAGCAACUCCGUAUCUCCUGUAAUGGACACACUAAGAGUGUUCACUGCUCAUAAAAAGAACUGCUACUCGAUCGAAGCUAGCAAGGGCGAAAGGGUAAUUGUGCGUGCGAGUUUUCUCUACGGGAACUACGACGGGUUGUCUUCGCCCCCGUCUUUCGAUCUCCACUUCGACGGGAACUUUUGGACGACCGUCGACACUUCGGUUACGGAGUAUGUUUAUCACGAGGUGACUUAUGUUACGAGAUUGGAUUAUGUGAGUGUUUGCGUUGCUCAAACAGCACCCCGUCAAUUCCCGUUUAUUUCGGCUAUUGAAGUUCGUAGCGUGGGAUUGACAAUGUAUAGCAAUGGUGAUCAAUAUUAUCCCCUUCAUUUGAUCAAAAGGGUUGCUUAUGGUGCUAGUGAAACUAUAAGGUACAAAGACGACCCUUACGACAGAUUAUGGAUACCAGCAGUAGGCAAAAACGGGCUAAUCAACGUACCAAGCGACACUUCCCUCGCCCCGACAACAGCACUGGACCAACCUCCCCCUGCAGUUCUCCAGAAUGCAGUUACUGCAGUUACACACACGACAACAAUCCCGUUGUUCGUGGCUUCGUUCCCCCGGCCAGUUGGAUUUCUCGUCUACUUGAACAUGUACUUCUCCGAAGUCGCUGAGCUGGACGCAACCACCCAAAAGAGAUCCUUUCAAGUUCUUAUGGAUAACAACCCGCUAUUGAACCAGCCCGUGGGUGACAGGUAA